AUGGCGAGCCCUAUCGCUACCACAUCGAGGAUGACCCUCGGCAGCUUCAUGAGGAGUGCUGUUGGCCCCAAGGCAGCCCUGCCCCGCUCCACCGUUCUUGCUCGCGGGGUCUCCAGCGGCGUUCAGCAGCAACCUUCCCCGCUUGAAGGCGAUGCCACGGCUGCUGUCACUGCCGCUGCAGAAGCAGUGACCGCCUCUUCUCAAUCUAUCGAAAGUGACACUCACGAUGACGCACUCGAAAAGCGUCGCCUCAGGCGCACCGUCAUGAACCAACUAUCCGACCUCGGCAGCACCCAGACCCGCUCCACUUCCUUUCGACCGCACAAAGCCCGACUCAACCCCAUCGACGCACACAAGCUCACCCUCAGCCACCUCGUCGCAUCUACCGCACAAGUCGGUCACUCUCUCUCAUCUCUCAAAGCAGCCAACCAGCCUUACAUCUACGGUCAGCGUCACGGCGUAGCCAUCUUUGACCUCGAACGUGCGACGCUGCCUGCUCUGCGGAGGGCCGCUUCGGUAGUCAAGGCUGUGGCGGAGCGCGAUGGAGUCAUCUUGUUCGUUGGCACUCGACCUGGACAGCAGGCAGCUGUGCUUGCGGCGACCAAGCGUCUCGGUGACAAUGGAUUCCACGUCACUGCUGAACGAUGGAUGCCCGGUGUGAUCACCAACGCACCCAAGCUGCUUGCUUCGGCGAUUCUCAAGUCGAUGGAAGAUCUCGACCCUUCUGGUUCCGCAAACACGAACCGAUUGGCCUCGCAGACACUCCAGCCCGAUCUUGUGAUCGUGCUCAACCCGGUGGAGAACUCGUUUGCAAUCCGGGAGGCUACACAGGCGAACAUCCCGACCAUCGCUAUCACGGACUCGGACGUAGAUCCCAGGUCUGUUACCUACCCGAUCCCGGCAAACGAUGACUCGAUCCGCAGCGUGGAAUUGAUCAUCGGUGUGCUGUCAAAGGCUGGAGAGGAGGGCUUGAAGGUCAGGGCAAAGAAGCUCGACGAAGCAGACAAGAUCGAACGCAAGGUCAACAGGACAAUCCAGAGACGUGUUGAGGGGGCCAACUUCGACCCGCGGUCGAGAUCCGCGUCGAGUCAGACUACGCGCGAUCCGGAGGAGGAGGAGGAUUAG